CUUUUUCUACUUUCCUUUGUAUUUAUACUUCACUUUGCAUACAUUACACUCUCAUUAUUGAUCCUAUUGAAUUAAAUUCUUGAUUAGUAACAUGGGAAACUGCAUUAGAAAAAACCAAAUAUCAUCAGCACAAUAUGAGAAUGAAGAAAUAAAGAAAGUUGAGAAGAUGAAGGCACCUAAAUCAUCAAGGAGAGAAGAUAGCUUGAAGAAGAAGGUAAGGUUCAAAAUUCAAGAUGGUAAUAAAGGAAAUGAUGGUAAUUCUUCUACAAGUGGGAUUAUGAGGAUUAAGCUAGUUGUGAGCAAGGAAGAGUUGAAAAGGGUGUUGAGUAAUAAGAAUAUUGAAAAUGGUGUUAAGAAUACUUCUUUGGAGGAAUUGCUAAAAGAUAUGAAGUUGAAAGAAAAAAGUGUGUCUAGGGUUGAAGAAAUUGAUGAUGGGGGAUUAGAUUCUUGGAAGCCAGCUUUAGAUAGUAUUCCUGAGGAUCACUCCAUGAAGCUAUAGGUAGUAAAUUGUCAUGAACAAUCCUAUAUUAUGUAAAUAAAGACAAUAUAUGUUUUUAUUUAUUUGAUAGUGCAUUGAAUUCUAUAUGAAUUAAGUAGAUUCUAUUUGACUAGUGUAAUGGAAAUGUAAAAAUGAAGCUUGAGCUUCUGAUGAUUCGUUGAGUCAAAAAAGCUUGUUAUUAUUGGUAGUGAGAUCUUAUGAAAUGCUUCUAUGAUCUCCAAGAUAUGAACUUAAGACUCUUUGUUAUUUUAUUGAUAUGAAUUAGUCUUUUUUCUCUAAA